CCCCAAAUCCCUAAUCAAUCAAUCUGUUCCCCUUUCUCCCCAGCUCACGAGCAAAGCUAGGGUUUCGUCCACCGCGACCGAUCGGAAAAAGCAAGCAGUGGCGAUGGCGGCGAUGGCGGCAGAGGGUGAGAAGAAGAUGAUCACCCUGAAGAGCUCCGACGGCGAGGAGUUCGAGGUGGAGGAGACGGUCGCGAUGGAGUCGCAGACCAUCCGCCACAUGAUCGAGGACGACUGCGCCGACAACGGCAUCCCGCUCCCCAACGUCAACUCCAAGAUCCUCUCCAAGGUCAUCGAGUACUGCAACAAGCACGUCCACGCGACCGCCGCCGCCAAGGCCGCCAACCCCUCCGACGGCGACGCCAACCCGGCCGCCGCCAACAACUCCUCCACCACCGCCGCCCCCGGCGAGGACCUCAAGAACUGGGACGCCGACUUUGUGAAGGUCGACCAGGCCACCCUCUUCGACCUCAUCCUGGCUGCAAACUAUCUCAACAUUAAGGGAUUGCUGGACCUUACCUGCCAAACUGUUGCUGACAUGAUAAAGGGUAAGACUCCUGAGGAGAUCCGCAAGACCUUCAACAUCAAGAAUGACUUCACCCCUGAGGAGGAAGAGGAGAUCCGCAGGGAGAACCAGUGGGCCUUCGAGUAGAGAAGCACAGACCUCAUCAAUUGAUGCUUAGGUUUCAUCAUAUCUACCAUGUGAGGCGCUGCUUUUUAUAUAUGUCGUAAUGGCUGUAAGUAUGUUUGGAGUCGUUUUCGUGAGAAAAACUUAUGUGGUCAGUACCUUCUGAACCGAAUGUCCGCAGUUAAUGCUACUAUUGUCAAGUGGGUUUCUUGGCUGCAAGUUUUAGUUCUAGUAUGUGACGCCGUUGAGUUCGGUUUUAUGUGA